AUGUCGUCGAGCGUUAGAGAAGCCAAGCCAUCAGUGGGUGACCCGAAAAUGUCAGUGAACGAGCUCUUCAGGCUUGAUGAGCGGACUAUAUUGAUCACCGGCGGAGGAGGUUCCAUGGGAUUAGAAGUUGCUCGCUCAGUACUUGAAAGUGGCGGCGAUGUCAUAUGCAUUGACCGACAAGAGAGCCCUCUCGAAGAGCCUUGGAGCAAGCUUACGCAAAGACUUCUGGACCAUAGUCACGGAACACAAGCAUGGUACUACAGGUGCGAUAUCACGGACGCAGAAAACGUCAAGUUUGUCUUCGCGGAGUCCAUGAAGAAGACACGAUUCCCCUUUAGAGGCUUAGUCGCCUGUGCAGGCAUUUCAGGUGACGCGCCAUCCAUCGACUUCCCGAUCAACACUGCGAGAAGUAUCAUGGACAUCAACGUCAUUGGAACGCUCAUCUGCGCACAAGCUGCGGCCCAGGAGAUUCAGAGACAAGGAUCAGCUGGAAGUAUUGUUCUUAUUACGAGCAUGAGUGCUCAUGGGAGCAAUAAGGGUGUUGAUACUGUGGCGUACAAUUCCUCAAAAUCGGCGGUUGUUCAAAUGGCUCGUUCUCUUGCUGCUGAAUGGGGCAGCCGCGCAGAUAUACCACUCAUUCGUGUGAACUCAAUCUCGCCUGGGUCCAUCCGUACACGAAUGACGGAAGAACCACUCAGCAAUCCUGAUAUAGAGAGAGAAUGGACCAACGGCAAUAUGUUGAUGAGAUUGAGUGAGGCGCAUGAGUACAGAGGUCCCAUCACCUUUCUGCUCAGCGAUUCCAGCAGUUUUAUGACCGGGUCUGAUGUCCGUGUAGAUGGGGGCCACACAGCGUGGUAG